UUUUUACUUGAUACCCGUAAUGUUACCAACUUUAAUAAGUACCGGCAGUAACAACUAUCAAGUCUUUAGAGCGUGUCUUGUAAUUUUUUUUAUUAAAAGCGUUAGAAGUUGUUAAAAAUAACGGCAGAAGGCUCAAAAUGGGCGAUAAAGGUGAUGCAGAAACAUUCGACGAUGCAGUAGAAGAAAGAGUGAUAAAUGAAGAGUACAAAAUUUGGAAAAAAAACACACCCUUUCUUUACGAUUUGGUAAUGACCCAUGCCCUAGAAUGGCCUUCUCUUACUGCUCAAUGGUUACCAGACGUUACUAGACCCGAAGGAAAGGAUCAUUCAAUACACAGACUUAUUCUCGGUACACACACUUCAGAUGAACAAAACCACCUCUUAAUAGCCAGUGUACAAUUACCGAAUGAAGAUGCUCAAUUCGAUGCUUCUCAUUACGAUAAUGAAAAAGGAGAGUUUGGAGGAUUCGGAUCAGUUUCUGGUAAAAUUGAAAUAGAAAUUAAAAUAAAUCACGAAGGAGAAGUAAAUAGAGCUCGUUAUAUGCCUCAAAAUCCGUGUGUUAUAGCUACAAAAACGCCAUCCAGUGAUGUACUCGUUUUCGAUUAUACAAAACAUCCCAGUAAACCGGAUCCGAGUGGGGAAUGUCACCCAGAUUUAAGAUUACGUGGACACCAAAAAGAAGGUUAUGGUUUAUCGUGGAAUCCGAAUCUAAAUGGUUAUUUAUUAUCAGCCAGUGAUGAUCAUACUAUUUGCUUAUGGGAUAUAAACGCCACUCCUAAAGAAAAUCGUAUUAUAGAUGCCAAAACGGUUUUUACAGGACAUACAGCUGUCGUGGAAGACGUAGCUUGGCAUUUAUUGCAUGAAAGCCUAUUCGGUUCUGUAGCGGAUGAUCAGAAGUUGAUGAUAUGGGAUACAAGGUGUAAUAAUACUAGUAAACCGUCCCACACCGUCGACGCCCAUACCGCCGAAGUAAAUUGCUUAAGUUUCAAUCCUUACUCGGAGUUUAUUCUAGCUACCGGUAGCGCGGAUAAGACUGUAGCUCUGUGGGAUUUGAGAAACCUCAAACUUAAAUUACACAGUUUCGAAUCUCACAAAGAUGAAAUAUUCCAAGUGCAGUGGUCUCCUCAUAACGAAACAAUUUUAGCUUCUUCUGGAACGGAUAGGAGACUCCAUGUAUGGGAUCUGAGUAAAAUAGGAGAGGAACAAAGCCCCGAGGAUGCAGAAGACGGUCCUCCAGAAUUGUUAUUCAUCCACGGGGGACAUACAGCGAAAAUAUCGGAUUUUAGUUGGAACCCUAAUGAACCAUGGGUGAUUUGCUCGGUUUCUGAGGAUAAUAUAAUGCAAGUGUGGCAAAUGGCUGAAAAUAUUUACAAUGAUGAAGAACCUGAACAACAAGCUUCUGAUAUUGAAGCUACCGCUAGUUAAGUGGUUAAAAGUGGACUUUUUUUUUCUUCUAUUACAUCUUUUUUUUUAGGAGUUUGUAUGGUAAAGUUUAAUCUUUUAAUAAAUUUCGAUUAGAUUUGA